UCUAUUUUUGAUUUAUAUUUUUUUAGAUGACCAAGUUUUUAAUUAUUUUACAAUUGCUGGUUCUUUGCUCAUGUAGUGAAAAAUUUGUACGGAUUGAACUUGAUGCAAAAUGGAGGCAAACCCCACUUCCAAUUGAAGCAAGUGAGUUUAUUGCACGACAAAGUAACAUCAAGUUUUGGAAGUAUAUUGAAAGUUUUCAAAGUGCAUUUAAUGCAAGUGCUAAAGAACUUUAUAAUGAAGCAUUGGCUAAAGCAGGUUUGAUGUUAUCUUCUACAGAACUUGAUGCACUGAAGUUUUCUUUAUCGAUAAGAGUUCAAUCACCAAAAGUGCAAUUUUACCAGCAGAUGGCAGAUAGUUUUCAACAAAAAUGCAAUAUAUUUUUUCAAACAUCUGACAGAAAUAUUGCAUGUAAUUUAGAUGAUGCCUUGAGAGUAAAGAAAAAUAUUCCAGACAAUUCAUUGGUUCAUGAAUUUGAUCACAUCUAUCCAGGAAGUGAACACAACUCUCACUUGCUCAUUGUUUAUGCUAAUUUUUAUAUUCCAGAGUUUAAAGAAGCUCAUCAAAAGAUUGUCAGCAUGUUAAGUUCAUCUAACAUCAAAUAUAUCCUGAGACACUUUUACCAAAUACAUCAAAAAGAAUUAAAAGUUGCUCUUUCUGGCUAUGGUGUUGAACUUGCUGUGAAAAGCACUGAGUACAAGGCUAUUGAUGACCAAAAAGUAGAGGAUUUAAAGAUGAAGGAAAGUGUUGUAGACGGAGCCGAAGAUGAUGAGGUGGAAGGAUUUCUUUUCAAAAAAUUGAGAGAAAUUCAUCCUGACUUGCAAGAACAAUUACUAAAAUUUAAACAACAUCUUAAGGAUAAAAAUAAAGAGCUAACACCUCUCCACCAAUGGGAGUUACAGGAUUUGAGUUUUCAAGCUGCUCAGCGAGUGAUGAGUGCUUCUUCACAAGAUCAACUUAAACUUCUUAAAGAUAUAAGUCAAAAUGUACCUAUGAUUGCAAGAUCACUGGUUAAAACAGCUGUGAAUGAAAAUCUUAGAAAUGAAAUUAAAGAAAAUCAACAGGAGUUUGAGAGAAGUCAAAUAUUACCAGGUGAUGCUGCCCUUUAUAUUAAUGGUAUAAAACAGAGUGUUGACGAUCUUGACAUUUUCAAUGUUAAUGAGUUAUUGGAAUCUGAAGCUAUAGGAUUGUCUGUGUUAAAUCAACUAAGUCUUGAUCUUUCUAAAACAAGCCAACUGCUAGCAUUAAAUUUAGUACCAGAGCAUGAAAGUCUUAUUCUUGACACAAGAUCAGAUGCAGUCCAGUGGAUGAAUGAUCUAGAGAAAGACUCUCAGUACCACUAUUGGCCUUCACAUCUCCAAGAGAUGCUACGACCAACCUUUCCUGGAAUGUUGAGAUAUGUUGCUAAGAAUAUAUUCCACGUUGUUGCAUUUGUUGAUCCCUUGACUCAUGAAGGAAUUAAGUUAUUAGAAGAAUUCAAUAAGUUAAUAAGUCAAUCAAUGCCAGCAAGGUUUGGUGUAGUUUUUGUGACCAAAGCUGGUUUAAGUGAUAAAGCUGAAGAUGAUGCAAGUGCAGGUUUACUCAGAGCAUUUUCCUUUAUUAAGUCAGAUAAAAACGUUAAAGAUGCGUUUAAAUGGCUAAGCACGUUGUACCGGAAUAGUGGUAAUGAACCCCCAAAACCUUCAGGUGUUAUUAGCUUAUUGCAGUCUUGGUAUGGAAAAAGUGAAGCUUCAGAUGCUUUAGAUCCAAAGUCCGAUUACGAUGAUUUAAGGAAGAUUUCUAACAAAUUCUUCAAAAAGAUUGGUCUUAAAACACUACCAUCGAUCCUUGUAAAUGGAGAGACACUUUCGAAGGAAGAGAUGCAAGAUCUGGAAUCAUCCGUAACUGAAAAAAUAUUAUCUCAAACAGCUGAUGUGCAACAGGCUAUUUAUAAUGGCAACCACCAUAAUUAUCCUACUAUUUAUGAUUAUUUAAUGUCUCAACCAAAUGUUGUGGUUCGUUUAAACUCACUUAUACAAAAUACAAAGGGAAGUUAUUUGGAAAUGUUAAGUACAAGAAAAGAGUUCACCACUGAUAUUUCAUUACUUUCCAAAGAAGAUGCAUCUAGUUUCUUUGCUGAAUCAGCACAAUAUUUUAUUCAGGAUUCAGGAGCCACAACAAUAUGGGUAAUAGCUGAUGCAACCACUUCUCAUGGAAAAAGUCUUGUUAUAAAUGCUCUUAAAUAUGUGCAAAAACAAAAGAAUGCUCGGCUAGCACUAUUUUUAAAUGGAAAAGAAUCAGAUGAAAUUACAUUGAAUGAUGCACUCUUGAUAAUUUUUCGCCUUAGAAAAACAUUAAUUUCUGGUAUUGCUAAAUUUGCUGUCAAGUUUUUGGAAGAAAAUGAUUUUAAGAAAAUAAUUGAAAAUGAAGAUGAAUUAGAAAAAAUUGCUACUGGUAUUACUGGCAUAAACAAAAAAAGACUGUUUGAGCUUUUUUCAUCCAAAGAUGAUCUCGAAAAAGUCAAACAAGAUAUUAAAAGAAAUACUGUUGUUAUAAACAAUGUUUUCGGAGGAUAUGAAAGCUUAGUUAUAGCAAAUGGAAGGAUCAUUGGUCCUUUGAGUCAAGAAGAUGGUUUCGUAGUCGAUGACUUUCAACUACUUCAAAAUUUUGAAAAUAAUAGAGGGGGUUAUAAAAUAUUGGAAAUAAUUGAAAGCAUGAACUUACCUUCACUUCCUUCAGAAGGACAUGCUAGAUACAAAAGCGAUUUAGUGAUGAAAAUAUCUGCAGCAUUGAGUAAAAGAAAAGAUCAAAAGAGAUCAACUUUCACUUUUAAAAAGGAUCAGCACAGUGUUAUUAAGUUGAAACCAAGAAGAAAUGAUGUAUCAUUUGACAUUGAUGUAAUCCUGGAUCCUCUUUCUAAAAGUGCACAAAAGUUGGUACCUAUUGUUAUGACAUUAUAUGAUGCAUUCAAUGUUAACUUGAAAAUAUUUCUAAACUGUAAAGGGCAACAUUCAGAGCUACCUGUAAAUAGGUUUUAUCAAUACGUGUUGCAACCUGAGUUGUUAUUUAACAAAGAUGGAGAAAUAAUUAAUGAUCAAGCUGCAACAUUUUUAAGUCUACCACAUUCUGCCUUGCUUACACUUAUUAUGGAUACACCUCAAAGCUGGUUAAUUGAAGCAGUUGGUUCAAAUCAAGACUUGGAUAACAUUAAUUUAGGAGAAGCUUCAACAUAUGUUUAUGGUGAUUUUGAGUUAGAGAACAUAAUUGUUGAAGGUCAUUGUUCUGAUUCCAACACUCAUCAACCUCCAAGAGGACUUCAGUUCAUUCUUGGUACAGAAAAAGAACCAGAUCAGUUUGAUACAAUUGUUAUGGCAAACUUUGGGUAUUUUCAAUUGAAAGCAUUUCCAGGUUCAUUUGUUCUACAAUUGCGAGAAGGGCGUUCUUCUCAAGUUUAUGAGAUGGACAGUUUAACAGGUGGGGAAGAGUUAUCUCCUGGACAAAACUACACUGUUUUUAUUGAUAGCUUUUCUGGAAAGUUUCUAAAAGUUAAGGUUAAACGCAGAGAGGGUCAAGCUAAAACUGAUUUGUUAUCUGAUGAUUCAGGAGAUAGUAGCAGUGAAAAUGACUUUGGAAUCUGGCAUUCAUUUACUAGUUAUGUUAAGAGUGAAGCAAAAUCAUCAAAGAAUACUGAUGGCAAAAUACAUAUCUUUUCUGUUGCUACAGGUUUGCUCUAUGAACGAUUUUUAAGAAUUAUGAUGUUGUCUGUGCUAAAGCACACAAAAACGCCUGUUAAGUUUUGGUUUUUGAAAAACUACUUGUCAUCAAGCUUUACUACUUUCCUUCCUCAUUAUGCAGAAAAAUAUGGCUUUGAAUAUGAGCUGGUUCAAUACCAAUGGCCAAGAUGGUUAAAUGCUCAAACUGAAAAACAAAGAAUAAUAUGGGGAUAUAAAAUUUUAUUCUUGGAUGUGUUGUUUCCUUUAAACUUGGAAAGAAUCAUAUUUGUAGAUGCUGAUCAGAUUGUGCGUGCGGAUCUUAAAGAAUUAAUGGACAUGGAUUUAGAAGGAGCACCUUAUGCCUAUACACCAUUUUGUAAUGAUAGACCUGAAGUUGAAGGAUUCAGGUUUUGGAAUCAUGGUUAUUGGAGAAAUCAUCUUGGUGGUCGUCCAUACCAUAUUAGUGCAUUAUAUGUUGUGGAUUUAAAGCGUUUUAGAAAAGUUGCUGCUGGUGAUCGUUUGAGAGGUCAAUAUCAGGGGUUAUCUCAAGAUCCAAACAGUUUAGCAAAUUUAGAUCAGGAUCUUCCAAACAAUAUGAUUCAUCAAGUUGAAAUCAAGUCAUUGCCUCAGGAAUGGUUGUGGUGUGAAACAUGGUGCAGUGAUGAAAGCAAGAAAUAUGCUAAAACUAUUGAUAUGUGCAAUAAUCCACAAACUAAAGAACCAAAAUUACAGCGUGCAAUUCGUAUUGCUCCAGAAUGGACAGAGUAUGACGAUAUAAUUCGUAUGCUUCAAGAGCAAGUUUUUAAGAAUUCUUCAAAUUUAGAAAAAACAUCUUCAAAUCCAACCCAGGAUUCUAAAGAAGAACUCUAGAAAGACUUAGGAUUUUAUCAAAUUUUAUUUAAUUGUUUUUUCACCACGCAUCAUUUUAAUAAUGAAAAAACUUGAAAAAAUUGA